AUGGUGCGCCUAGGCUUUGUCGCCCGGCGGCGCUCGCCCGUCCUCUCGUCAGCCGUCACUGCUGUGGCGCUCUUCACCACGACGACAUUUGCUCAGAACGGCGGCAACAACAAUAACAAUAAUGCCAACACGAACCAGCCUUCGUCUGCUGGAGAACAGCCAGAAACCACGGCCGAGGCGGAGACUACCGCUGCGGCGGCGUCUACGGCCGCGGAGUCAGCAACACCAUCGCCCUCUGCCGAUGCGGAUGUGACCAUUUCUGGUGGUGAAUCCGCGACGCAACCAACAGCCACAGCCGCGACAACCUCGCAGACGCAGGGCACCGCGACGACAACAGGAGGCGAUGUUCAGAUCACUGGAGGCACCGACGACGGGGAUGCCAUCAUGACCUUUCCCACCAUCGAGACCAUCCUGGAGAUUCCCACCUACGCCCCUGCCGCUGUCCCGCCUACCCUCCACGCCCCCUUCAUGCAACACUCGACGGCUCCCGAGGGCACUGUGUUCAUCGCUGUUGGAGCCAUUCUCGGCGCCUUCGGCCUCGGCAUCCUUCUCUGGCGUGGUAUCGUCGCCUGUCUGCUGCAUCGCUCAGUCCGCCGUGCCGCCAUGGAGCAGCACAGUGCCAACGACAAGGCUGCCUUCCCUGCGCCUCCCGCUCAUUUCUACAAGUACAGCGAUCAUAACUCGUCGCUUUCUCUCUCUGGCGCCGCCGCCGCGGCCCGUGGUGUUCGACGCACCAACCGCGGACCCGCACCGCCGGCAGCCGCGACUCCCGCUUCCUCCCCUCUGCUUCUACGCUGCGGAUCUUCAUCUCCUGGCGGCAACCCUCAUCAGCACUCUAUCAGUUUGACCAACCUGCAUCCGCGCCCCGACUCGCGUGGCAACGGCCUUGGCGCCCCUGUCGGCCGGGCCGUGCCCCAGCAUUCACCACCCGAGUCGCCUCAGUUCACGGCUCGCCGUGAGAUGAGCACCAGCACCCUCAACCUCGCCGCUCCAGCACACGGCGCUCGCGCGCCGAGUGCCUACCUGGAAGACCUCCUCGACGAAAACCCGCAGGCCUUCCCCCCGAGUAACAUGCCCCCGCCGAAUCCCCAGCGCCAGCGCUCUCCGGGUCCACGCUUCUGA